AUGCCAAGGUACACAGAUGUUGUGGCCUGGGUACUUGAACUACAGUAUAGUGGGUUCACUGUGUAUGGGCUUGAGAGCAAUAUUGUAGAUUUCUGCCACUGUACACAGUGGUGUCUGCAAGCUGUGCAGCAUGAGUUUGCUAAUUUCUGUACACAAACUGAUACUUUAAAAAGCUCAUUUGUGGCCGAGCUCUCUGAGGAGGAUCUGAAGCAGCUGCUUGCAUUGAAAGGCUCCAGCUACAGUGGACUACUUGAACGACAUCAUAUUCACACCAAAAAUGUAGAACAUAUAGUUGAUAGUUUACGGGAUGAAGGGAUUGAGGUUCGCCUGGUCAAGCGGAGGAAGUACAACGAAGAAACCAUUGGAUGGGCAGACGCUGUCAUAGCGGCAGGAGGUGAUGGUACAAUGCUUCAGGCAGCAAGUAAAGUUUUGGACAGACUUAAACCUGUCAUUGGGGUCAACACUGAUCCGGAACGGUCUGAAGGUCAUUUAUAUCUGCCUGUUCGAUACACACAUUCCUUCCCUGAAGCCUUACAGAAGUUCUCUCGUGGUGAGUUCAGGUGGCUAUGGAGGCAGCGUAUCAGGUUAUAUCUGGAAGGGACUGGCAUAAACCCCAUUCCUGUGGACCUUCAUGAACAGCAGCUGAGUUUGAAUCAGCACAGCAGAGCCUAUAACGUCAAAAAAGCUGAUGAUGGAAGCUCCGAGGCUUUGGGACCUCAGCUUUUACCAGUGAGGGCAUUCAAUGAAGUCUUCAUCGGGGAGAGUCUGUCAUCCAGGGCUUCCUACUAUGAAAUUUCAGUUGAUGAUGGCUCCUGGGAAAAGCAGAAGAGUUCAGGGCUCAACCUGUGUACUGGAACAGGAUCAAAGGCCUGGUCAUUCAAUAUGAACAAGGUUGCAGCUCAGGAUGUUGAAGAUGUUUUAAAUAUUGCAAGACGACAAGGAAAUCUGACUCUUCCAUUGAACAAAGACUUGGUAGAAAAAGUAACGAAUGAAUAUAAUGAAUCAUUGCUCUACAGUCCUGAAGAACCAAAAAUACUGUUCAGUAUUCGAGAGCCAAUAUAAAACAGAGUUUUCUCCAGCAGCCAUCAAUGGUGUUUCUACUCAAAUGUCUGUGUCAGUUCUCGAUGCUGGGAUGCCUGCAUGGUUGUGGAUGGAGGAACUUCUUUUGAGUUUAACGAUGGAGCCAUUGCUUCGAUGAUGAUAAGUAAAGAAGAUGAACUUCGAACUGUGAUUCUAGAACAGUGAAGGAUUUCCUCAGAAGACAGAUUUGAUUACUGGAAACAUGAUUUUUUUUCUAUAGAUACAGAUGACCAGCCAUAAACCUCCCUUAUUUU